UGCCUCUCUUCAGCCGGAUGCCUCUCUUCAGCCGGAUGCCCUGAUGCCUCUCUUCAGCCUGAUGCCUCUACUCAGCCUGAUGCCUCUACUCAGCCUGAAGCCUCUACUCAGCCUGAAGCCUCUACUCAGCCUGAAGCCUCUACUCAGCCUGAAGCCUGCAUUCAGCCUGAUGAACUGAUCCAGCCCGACGAUCCUAUUAGGCCAGUUGACUCGAUGCCCGCUGUUGAUCCAGAUGAUCCGGUACCUGAUCCGGUGCCCGCUGUCGUGCCAAUUGACUCAGAGCCCGCUGUCAUACCUGGUGACCCGGUGCCCACUGCCUUGCCAGAUGACGCGGUGCCCGCUGGCAAGCCAAAUGACCUGAUGCCUGGUGACCCAGUACCCGCUGUCAUACCUGGUGACCCAGUGCCCGCUGUCGAGCCA